AUGGCUACCUCAAGCGUCUUCUCAGUCAGGCGCCGAGCCACUCCCGGUGACUCUGAUGAUACCGAUAUGAGUCUCCCGCGUUGCGCUCCAGGCAGACGCAUCCCCAGCGCGGAAUGGGAGAAGAAGCGUCCAGUAAUCACCAAGCUGUACCAGGAGGAGAAGCGUCCGCUCAAAGAGGUCAUGGAAGUCCUCGAGCGUGAGCAUGGCUUCACUGCUACGUACGUAACAGCAAACUCCAUUAACUUUCUUGACUUGAACAGGGAAAUUGACCAGCUCGACAGUGUCAAAAUGUACAAAUCGAGAAUUUGGAAGUGGGGGCUUGAUAAGAAACUCAAGAGCGACGAGGUUCUCGCCAUUCUCAUCCUCAAGACGGAGCGCGACGCCCAGGGCAAGACAUCCGAGUUUACCAUUCGUGGUCAGCCGGUCGAUCUGGAUAACAUAAAUAGAUAUGUUCGACGAAAUCCCCAACUGGUCGCUCGAUUUCACGCUGGCGAAGUACCCAGCAUCCAGACCACGCUCGAGGUUCAAUGCCAAACACCCUCACCCACACCCACACUCAACAGCCCGUUACCACCGCCCAAACAGAUCUCGCCUGUAGAUCAGGUCCUCAGUCUUUUCAAGGCCUAUUUCGAUACGUCCUUCACGAAUGGCGUGUGGAGGUACGACUAUAACGGGGACUGUCACAGCCUCAAGCCGGGUGACCGAAGCGUCGAACUGUUUGAACGCGUCGUAGCCAGUUUCGGUCUGUUUAACCGGUCGAUGAUGAGGAAAGACGAGAUCUCUAUCAGUACAUUUCUGACACCAGCCUUCGAGUCACUCAAGGAGAUAGUAGCCUCCGAAAGCCCCGUCUUCGCUGUCCGCACAGCGUUCCUCUUGUGGUAUCUUAAACGGUUUCACGAAGAGGAUAUUCUCCAUAUUGUUAUGAACCAUCUCGUCCGGCUGGUGCCGACAGUAUUGGGUCACAAUCACCCAAUCACACAAAUUUGGCAGAUUAUAGCAUCCGAGGACUUUACUGAACAUUACGAGUUAUCAACACGUCUUUACUCUUCACUUGUGCCUCUCUUUGAAGAGCACAUAGGACCCGCCAAUUCUUUAACCACAAUAUUAUACUGCGACCACAUCGACUGUCUGGUCUACCACGACCAAGCAGCCGAAUCACUCGAAGUCGCCACGAAAUACCGAACCAGAGCAGAACUCACACAAAUACGACAUCCGUGGCUACGUGAGCUAGCUAUUCUACAAACAGGCAUUGUGUGCAAUGCGAAGACUUCCGAGGGCAAGAUCGAAGAGGCAAUACAGUAUCUUCAAACACUCAAAGACUGGGACUUGGACGAGGAGCAGCAAGCUGGGAUGAACGUUCAGUUAGGCAACUACGGCUACCAGAUGGGCGACUUCUCCCUAGCAAUCGACUGCUUCCGGGAGGCAUCUCGCCUCAUCACUGCCAGCCAAGGCGACGAGCGUAUCCUCCUCACAUGUCUCGCCAACCUCGAGUCCGCUCUGCGCAAGAGUGGGGAGGCCGACGAGGCAGCCCGAGUGCACAAGCUGCGGCUCACACGACUCUCUGACUUUGCAAGGGAGUCAGGAACCUUUGCAAACCUGCCCUGCCGGAGCUAUCAGCCCGAGUCAUCUAUAGCGGCCGCGAGCCCAGCCGAUAGUUACAGCUGGGACGGUCAGCAGGUGCCUGAUUGGCUUGGGGGCGAUGAUGGACAUAGUAGUGUGGUGCCGAUGAUGGGGUUGACAUGA